CUGGAUCUUAUUAACACAAAUAAGCUUCAGGUUUAACUGGUUUUUGUAACUUUUUUUUUUUUUUCUUUUUGUAAAUUGUAGAUUUAAGUUUUAGAUAGUGGGAAGUCUAGACUAAUGCAAGUUACUGGAUCACUAGGGGACAAAUUUCCUGUCUGACCUACCAGGAGAUUAUAAAAAGUCUGGAAGACCCAUGGUGGAAUUAGAUCUGUGCUUGUGAGAACAGGAUGUCGACGCUGCCAUCAGAAAACAGCCCUGAAGAUGCCAACAAUCGCAGCUUCUGGAUGCCUGGUAACUAUCAGCGCACUGUAAAGCGAACAGAAGAUGCUUUCCAGGCCUGCAAUGACAUAGUGGCGUGUUUCCAAGAGAGAGCUCGCGUGGAGAGGCAGUACGCCCAGCAGCUCAGUGAGUGGAGCAACAAGUGGAAGCCAGUAGUGGACUCCAGUCCUCUGUAUGGAUCUCUUAUGAAGGCUUGGCAGUGUUUUUUGUCCUCUGCUGACCGGCUAGCCUCCUUACACGCCUCCAUCUGUCGCUCCCUGGUAUCAGAGGAUGGAGACCAGGUCCGGACCUGGCAGAAGGACACCUUCCACAAGAAGCUAUUUGGAGGCUUCAAGGAGUCCCAGGACAUCGAGACGGGCUUCGCACGUGCUCAGAAGCCAUGGGCCAAACGACUUAAAAAGCUGGAUAAAGCCAGGAGGGCGUACCACAAGGUGAGCCGUAAGGAGCAAGUAGCCAGGGAGCGAGAGGCACACGCUCAGGGAAACCCGGAUGUCGCCAUCGACAAACAAAAGAAGAUCCAGGAGGAGAGAGAGCUGGCGCAACAGGAGGCCGAGAAGGUUCGUUCCCGCUAUGAGAAAGUCCUGGAGGAGGUGAACCGCUACGCUCCUCGCUACAUGGAGGAGAUGGAGUCCAUCUUUGACCAAUCGCAGGACGAGGAGCGGAAGAGGAUUGUCUUCCUCAAACAGGCCUUCCUCUCCAUCCACAAACAUCUGGACAUUACCAACAAUGAGAGUGUGAGAGCCGUUUACAAUGAGCUCCACAACACGCUGAUGGGCAUCGAUGAGCAAGAGGAUCUUCGCUGGUGGAAAAACACCCACGGGCCUGGCAUGCCCACCGACUGGCCUCACUUCCAGGAAUGGACACCUGAAAAGAAAACCAAAAAAGGGAAGAAGGACGUGGAAAAGAAAGGAACAAUAGAGAGGAAUGUGAUGAUUGGAGGAGUGAAAGUCAGAGCUCUGUAUGAUUAUGUUGGUCAGGAGACAGAUGAGCUGUCAUUUAAAGCAGGUGAGGAGUUUUUGAAGAUCGAGGACGAGGACGAUCAGGGCUGGUGUCGGGGGAUGAAGGACGGAGGGUGGGAGGGGCUUUACCCAGCCAACUAUGUAGAGGUGGUGUAGUUAUCGCACCGUUAGUAGUUAUCGAGACCGAGAAUGAAAGAUCUUGUUACAUGACACGCUUUAUUUCACUGUGGAGGUCACAGCCUGGUGUCAGAGAAUAAACCAAGUAGCUGUUAGCCAAAGAUGUGGUCUGUGACGGAGGAUGUUUUAGCAUAUAGAGAUUUUUAAAAACACUUCCCAGGUUGUGUAACCUCUCGAAGGAUUUUGACAAAUGUUUUAAUAUAUACAGUACGCAUAGACCACUUGUAUUGAAGCCAUAUGAUAAGCAAUGCUUUAAUGAAAAGAAAAAACAUAUGCUGGACUCUCAAGGUACAUUAUAUAAUUGAAAUUGCAUUACAGGACUGCUAUUUUCUUUGAGCUGUUUUAUUUCUGUUUUUGCACCUCGACACAAUGCUAUUAAAAUGUUCACAAAGCCUCACAACAUAUGAAGAAAGUGAUGCUAAUACUGUGAUUAUCAUUAAUCUGAAGCAGCCAUACAAGUGGAGUCGGUAGUUAGCUUUAUGACCUGUGUUUCUCUUUUGUUUUUGUGGUUUAAAGGAACAGGCUGAAAUUUUAGGAAUGUGGUUGUUUUGCUUUCUAACCCUCAGUUCGAUAAAAAAAAAAAGAAGAAGAUGGAUAUCAAUUUUAUCUGUGUGUCAGGUACAGGGGGAAACUAGCCCAGAAGCAUCAACACACAUUCCAGGAACACCAGUGCUGUCUUAGUUUGUGUGUUGUUUACUUCAAGCAACUAUGAUCAAUAUUUUAUAUUAACAGUGCAACAGUUGACCACUUGUGUGUGGAAGGGGUGAAAAAGGCCGAUCGUAGUGGCAAACCCAGAGAGGAUCAUCCCCCAGCUCUGCAGUUCCUUUCAGCUCUGUGGGGCUUUAUACGAUAUGUCAGCUCAUUGUUUUGGUUUUCUGCCCUGCAGCUUUUGUUUUGGUUCACUCUCGCUGCUCUCGUAGCCUUGAUUUUGGCUGCAGCAGACAGCUGUUUUCAUCAAAAACAAACAAAAAAAAAAAAAACCCAC